UCCACGCCCUGCUGCUCCUAUUCAAGUUCUUCCACCUCUAGAGCCAUAUCUAUUCUUUGCUGCUUCAACUUACUUCUUUUAUAACCAAAGGGCAAUUUUUUUUUAUUAUUCGGCUGUAAAACCCACGUUACUCGCAGUCACAGUCCGCAUCUUUCCAACCCCCAAAGGCCAAAUUGCAAUUUCCAAGCAAUUUCCAAGUGUUUUGGUUUCUGGCUUUCUGCUCUAAUUGGUCUUGCGGGGUAAACUGAGAGGCGUGAGAGCUGCUUUUUGGUGGUAAGCGGAGGCCUGGGAUUCUGAGAACUGCCUAGGCCUGGGAUUCUGAGAACUGCUGGUCACGGCUAAGUGGCUAAGAGGGAUAAAAGAUGGUGCAGUAUAAUUUCAAAAAGAUUACCAUUGUCCCCAAUGGGAAAGACUUUGUUGACAUCAUCCUCUCCCGUACACAAAGGCAGACUCCAACUGUUGUUCACAAGGGCUAUGCAAUAUCUCGUAUCCGUCAGUUUUACAUGCGCAAAGUGAAAUAUACACAGUCAAACUUCCAUGACAAACUCUCCACUAUUAUUGAGGAGUUCCCCAGGCUUGAUGAUAUCCAUCCUUUCUACGGUGACCUCCUCCAUGUCCUUUAUAACAAAGACCAUUACAAGCUUGCACUUGGCCAAAUAAAUACAGCAAGGAACUUAAUUUCCAAGAUCGCAAAGGAUUACGUCAAAAUGUUGAAGUAUGGUGAUUCUCUCUACCGAUGCAAGUCUUUGAAGAUUGCUGCCCUGGGACGAAUGUGUACCGUGAUAAAGCGAAUCACACCCAGUCUGGCAUAUCUUGAGCAAAUUAGACAGCACAUGGCUAGGUUGCCUUCGAUCGAUCCAAACACUAGGACACUUUUGAUUUGUGGGUACCCUAAUGUCGGUAAGAGCUCUUUCAUAAACAAAAUUACAAGAGCAGAUGUUGACGUGCAGCCUUAUGCGUUCACCACAAAGUCCUUGUUUGUGGGUCACACUGACUACAAAUACCUUAGGUAUCAAGUCAUCGACACUCCGGGAAUAUUGGACAGACCAUUUGAGGAUCGCAAUAUCAUAGAGAUGUGCAGCAUUACAGCUUUAGCCCAUCUUAGAGCUGCGGUUUUAUUUUUCCUAGAUAUAUCAGGAUCUUGUGGUUAUAGUAUUGAACAGCAAUCUGCUUUGUUCCACAGUAUAAAGUCUCUCUUUAUGAACAAACCCUUGGUCAUAGUUUGUAACAAAACUGAUUUGCAGCCUUUGGAUGGGAUAUCAGAGGAAGACAAGAAGUUAGUCAUGCAGAUGAAAGAAGAAGCUAUGAAGACUGUCAUUGGACAAGGUGGGGAGGCCACAGACGACCAAGGUGUGCUUUUGACUAUGAGUGCUUUAACUGAAGAAGGUGUGAUUUCCGUGAAGAAUGCUGCUUGUGAGAGGCUGUUGAACCAAAGAGUUGAAGUCAAGAUGAAGUCUAAGAAGCUAAAUGACUGCUUAAACCGUUUUCACGUCGCCAUGCCCAAACCACGUGACCAGAAAGAAAGGCCUGUGUGCAUACCUCAGGCAGUGCUGGAAGCGAGAGCAAAGAAAGCAGUGGAAGUUGCAGAGAAAGAGAAGAAGAAGCUUGAGAGGGAUCUUGAGAAUGAGAAUGGAGGUGCAGGUGUCUACUCUGCCAAGUUGAGUAAGCACUAUAUCCUGGCGGAUGAUUCUUGGAAAGAUGAUGUCAUGCCAGAGAUUCUCGACGGGCACAAUGUGUUUGACUUCAUCGAUCCUGACAUCUUGCAACGGCUCGAGGAGUUGGAGAAAGAAGAAGGGCUUCGGCAAGAACAAGGAGAUGAAGGUGGCAUGGAGAUGGAAGGUGGGCUGGAGCUGACAUCUGAAGAAAAAGCCACCUUGGCUGAGAUCAGGAAAAGGAAGAGUGUGCUGAUCCAACAGCACCGUAUUAAGAAAAGUACGGCCGAAAGCCGACCAACCGUUCCAAGGAAGUUCGAUAAGGAUAAAACGUAUACGUCAGAGAGGAUGGGCAGGCAGUUGUCUGGUCUGGGACUCGAUCCAACCCUUGCGGUCAACCGUGCACGCAGUAAGUCAAGGGGGCGUAAGAGGGAACGAUCUGUAUCUGGCAUGGGCGACUCGAUGGAUGUUGAUGGUGAUGAGGAGACUCCUAACAAGAAGAAGUUGAAGUUGAUGCUGUCUAGGUCCAGGUCAAGGUCAAAGUCAAGGCUUCCAAAUGAAUUGGUGCCUGGUGAAGGAUUCAAAGACUCUGCACAAAAGUCUAAGGCUAUUGAUUUGGCUAGGAACUCUUUCAAGGUGCGGAACAAGGCAGCCUGCAAGGGUGAAGGUGAUAGAACUAUUCCUAAUCUGAAACCAAAGCACUUGUUUUCUGGCAAGCGUUCUAACGGAAAAACACAAAGGCGUUAAGGUAUACGAGGUUCUGAUGAAGUUGUGCAAAUUUUUGGAGUGUUGUGUAUCUCAGCUUGUUGUUCUGGGGAGUCGAUUGGAUCCACCGAAUACUCCUCUCUUUUUGGUUUUGCAAGUUAUUUAGUGUUGCUUCUUAUGUUUCUGUUUUUUGCCGCUCCAUAUAAUGUUCAUUUUUGUUAUUUUCUCAAGGGAUAAGUUUUUACCUUUUUCUAUUUUGACUGGUGUCGUUUGUUUUGAAAGAAUGAUGCAGAUAUGAUAUUUAGAGUUUAAUUAAAGACACAAAUAUGAUACUUAUCCAACGACAGAGUGACCAUAAAACUUAGCUCUAGAUCUAUUAAAUUUCUCUCUGCAGAGGCCCCAACAUACAUCCAAAUAUCUCAC